GGGCGCUGGGGCAGACCGCGAGCGAGAGCGCCCCCGAGCAGCACCCGCGCCCUCCGCUACUCCUCGGCCAGGACCUCGGGAGAAGGACGCCCGCAAACCGCUCGCCGGCCCGGCCCUCGCCUCCCUGCCGCCCGGCCCACUACCCCAGCCGCGCCGGCUCGCCCGCUGCGCUCUGGUGUGUUGGCAUCUUUGCCUCUGCGCUCGCCCGGACCACUCCUGCGCGCCACGAUGAGCUCCCGCACCGCCAGGACGCUCGCCCUCGCCGUCACCCUUCUCCACUUGGCCAGGCUGGCUCUCUCCACCUGCCCCGCCGCCUGCCACUGCCCCCUGGAGGCUCCCAAGUGCGCCCCCGGAGUCGGGCUGGUCCGGGACGCCUGCGGCUGCUGUAAGGUCUGCGCCAAGCAGCUCAACGAGGACUGCAGCAAAAUGCAGCCCUGCGACCACACCAAGGGGCUGGAAUGCAACUUCGGCGCCAGCUCCACCGCUCAGAAGGGGAUCUGCAGAGCUCAGUCGGAGGGCAGACCCUGUGAAUAUAACUCCAGAAUCUACCAGAAUGGGGAAAGUUUCCAGCCCAACUGUAAACAUCAGUGCACAUGUAUCGAUGGCGCCGUGGGCUGCAUUCCUCUGUGCCCUCAAGAACUCUCUCUCCCCAACUUGGGCUGCCCCAACCCCCGGCUGGUCAAAGUUACCGGACAGUGCUGUGAGGAGUGGGUCUGCGACGACGACGGUGCCAAGGACCCUGUGGACGACAGGGAGGGCCUCCUGGGCAAGGAGCUGGCCUUCGAUGCCUCGGAGGUGGAGUUAACGAGAAACAAUGAAUUAAUUGCAGUUGGAAAAGGCGGCUUCCUGAAGCGGCUCCCGGUUUUUGGAAUGGAACCUCGCAUUCUUUACAACCCUUCUUCACAUGGCCAGAAAUGUAUCGUCCAAACAACUUCGUGGUCCCAGUGCUCAAAGACCUGUGGAACUGGUAUCUCCACACGCGUUACCAAUGACAACCCUGAAUGCCGCCUGGUGAAAGAAACCCGGAUCUGUGAAGUGCGGCCUUGUGGACAGUCGGCGUACGGCAGCCUGAAAAAGGGCAAGAAAUGCAGCAAGACCAAGAAAUCCCCCGAACCGGUGCACUUUACUUACGCUGGAUGUUCGAGUGUGAAGAAAUACCGACCCAAGUAUUGCGGGUCCUGCGUGGACGGCCGCUGCUGCACGCCUCAGCAGACCAGGACUGUGAAGAUGCGGUUCCGCUGCGAAGACGGCGAAAUGUUUUCCAAGAACGUCAUGAUGAUACAGUCCUGCAGAUGCAACUACAACUGCCCGCAUGCCAACGAGGCCGCCUUCCCCUUCUACAGGCUGUUCAAUGACAUUCACAAGUUUAGGGACUAAAUGCCACUCGGGUUUCCAGCACAAGGGUGGACAAAAUGGGGAGAGAAGAGUGUCAGAAUCACAGAGGCAUGGGUGGGGGCGGCGGGGUGAAGGGACUUACGGUAGGAGGGAGGCAUUGCUCAUUCUUGAGUAGUAUUAAGGUAUUUCGAAACUGCUAGGUGUGCUGGUGCACAUGGACACUAACGCAGCUGCGAUUGGAGAAUACUUCGCUUCAUAAUAUUGGAGCACACGUUACCGCUUCAUUUUGGAGCUUGUGGUGUUGAUGACGUUCUGUUUUCUGUUUGUAAAUUAUUUGGUAAGCGUAUUUUUCUCUAGGCUUUUUUCCUUUCGGUUUUACAGUUGUAAAAGGUCAUUAAGAUUAGUUGGUCAGUUGAAACCUUCAUCCUUUGACAGAAGUAAAUGGGAAGGGGGUCCCUUUCUGAAGGUGACACUCUGUGAGUGUCCGUGAGAGGCAGCUAUCUGCACUCUAAAUUGCAAACAGAAAUCAGGUGUUUUAAGACUGAAUGUUUUUAUUUAUCAAAAUGUAGCUUUCGGGGAGGGAGGGGAAAUGUAAUACUGGAAUAAUUUGUAAAUGAUUUUAAUUUUAUAUUCAGUGAAAAGAAUUUAUUUAUGGAAUUAAUCAUUUAAUAAAGAAAUAUUUACCUAA